CGAAAAUUGUAUGGCACGUGAAAUUUUCCUGAGCUGAAUCGCGGACACACACUGCGACAAUUCACGCUCUUUUUCUCAUAUGUAGGCCUCUGCGUAAACAUACUUUACAAAGUUCCAGUUGCAGAGAUUGUCGCAUGUUUGAGAGAAUGAUUAUCUUUAAAAAGUAAGGAUAAUCGUGAGAGAGGUAACCGUCGUUAAAAACUUUACUCUCACUUGACGUUUGGUUAGAACCUAAUGUUCUCAGCGUUGUGCGCGUAUAUGUAUGCGUAACGUCGUCAGCUCAGCUCAGUCAACAUUCAUUCACUGAUUCAGGUCCGUCUGUCCGGUACUACCUGCCUUAGUGACGACUUCAUCAAGCCAACACUGUACUACUGGUACUGUAUUCAUUAUUACUAUACUAAGCCUACUGAGUACUCACUGCCACUGUCUGCUCGAGUCUGCAGCUGGAAAAUGGCUAGUGCUGACGGAGACGGGGUUGGUACGGUCGCCGACCUGCUUGAAAAGACCAAAGUGAAGCAAUUUAAUGAAGUCUCUUUUGCAGACAAAGGACUGAAGCUGAACACUGCAGAUGAUGCCAAAGUCAUAGUGAAAGCUAUUGAAGAGUGUAAGGACAUUCAGUCCUUGAGACUAGAAGGAAACACUGUAGGAAACCAGGCAGCUGAAGCCAUAGCCAAGGCACUGGAGAAAAGACCCGAAUUUGAGCGAGCCAAAUGGGCCGAUAUGUUCACAGGCAGACUUCGCUCUGAAAUCCCCCCUGCUCUAAGAAGUCUAGGAGCUGCCAUCAUGACAGCAGGUGCCCAUCUGGUAGAGCUUGACCUCAGCGACAAUGCCUUCGGUCCAGACGGCGUCAAGGCUGUCAAGGAUCUCAUUGAGAGCCAGGCCUGCUACACCCUGAAGGAGAUGAGAUUUAACAACAACGGGCUGGGAAUAGGAGGGAAGCUCUUAGCAGAAGCCCUGAUCAGCUGUCACAAGAGCAGCUCGGCUGCAGGCAAACCCCUGGCUCUCUCAGUGUUUGUCGCUGGACGGAACAGACUGGAGAAUCCUGGGGCCAUUGCCCUAGGCCAAGCCUUCAAGACCAUAGGGACUUUGGAAGAGGUAGCAGUGCCUCAGAAUGGUAUCAACCACGAAGGAAUAACAGCUCUGGCAGACUCCUUCACACACAAUAAGAACCUCAGGAGUAUCAAUCUUCAAGACAACACGUUCACAGAGAAAGGUGCAUCUUCAAUGGCUGAGGCCCUCAAGAAACUGGAGAAAUUGGAGUCCAUUAACUUCGGGGACUGCCUGGUGAGGUCGGACGGUGCCAUUGCCCUUGCAGAAACCUUCCAUCACAGUCUGCCUAACUUGAAGGAGCUGAACCUGAGCUAUGGGGAGAUAGACAGGGAAGCCGGCAUAAAGCUUGCUGAGAGUAUGGAGCGCAAAGAGGCACUCACAGUAUUGGAACUGAAUGGAAACAUUUUUGGCGAGGAGGGUGUGGAGUUGAUUCGCGGUGUUCUGGAAGCAAGGGGUCAGUUGGAUGCCCUCGGCUCCUUAAGUGAUGAUGAAGGCGAUGACAGUGAUUAUGAAGAUGUGGAUGAAGAUGAAGACACUGAGGAGGCAGAGGAAGGUGAGGAGGAGGAGGAAGGCGAGGUGAGCACCGACCCAGAGCUACAGGUCAAAGGGGUGAAGGCUGUCAUCUCACCACGAAAAGAGGAGACCAGCACAGAUGACAAGGAAAAUGUGGUACUAGCCACUGCAGCAGAGUUCCUCUCAUUCCCAAGUGCAGACAAGCUAAUGGGGAUCGGUAAAGACAGGGGGCGCCUCAUCUUGAAGGAGCUUGGGAGUAAUACUGGCGAUUAUGAGAGGGUCAUCCAGGUUUUUGUCCAAGUGGCCUCUGUAAUUGAUAGCAAAAGGGAGUCUGUGAUACAAGCUGUACACGAGGCAUCAGAUGUCAUCCUUGAAAAGCUGUUUACCAUCGAUAAGUGCAAUCCUGAGGCAAUCGCAAACAGCAUUCUGGUUCAUCUGGGACUCAUCAAGAGUGAAGACAAGAUCAAGCCUGUACAAAACCCCAGUGGGUUGCUCUUGGCCAUGGCGCAUGUUGUGAAACAGGACUAUUUCCCUAGACACCUGUCGCAGCUCUUCAUCACUUUUUUGUCGAGGCCUCACCAAGGUCUGGAUGUGUGCUUUCAGCCUAAGCAUCAGUUUCUUCAGGCUCUUUAUUCAAUCUGAUUACUACCAGUACCAGACGGAGCACUUGUUGGUAAAAACAACGCCACUUGACAUUCUUGUAAGACAAACUUUCUCAUAGCUUUGAAUAUAGAGUCACACCAAACACCCCUAUGCGCUGAAUGGUUGAGCUGGGCCUUGUGGCUGUCGGGCUGAAAGUGAAUCUGGUUUGAUUCUUGAUUACUGUGAAGUUAGUUUGUUAGUCUGCACUCGAUGCUCUGGAUUUUCUUUAGGUUGAGUCCCUACAAUUGAAAAUUGGUACCCCAAGCGUGAGUACUGAUUACUCCAGGACCAAUUGUGCAAAGAAAUUGACCGAAAUUAAAAGAAAUUUAAAGAUUAAACUUCAACAGUUUAGCUAAGGAUAUCUAUCUUAUUGAUGGUCACACAAGGGAGGUGUUGAUCCAGUGUGUGAGCUAAUUUAAACCCACAUCUUUCAAAGAGAUGCUGGACUAAUGUUGUUUGCGUCUAUUGCAUGAAUGGGCAGUUCGCUCAUCGUAUGAAUCCAAGAAACCUAGCCAAACUUUCAUAACAUCUAAACACUCUUUGAAAUGGAGUGCUUAAUAUUUCCUCUUUGUGUGCAGUUCACCUUCAUUUACAUCUGUGUUGUACAUGUGUAUUUUUAGAGUGGCACUUCCUGUGAAGACUGUUCAAGUGAACUUAGAGAGAAAAAGCAUUACCUCGCAUUCAGGUUGACACUUGAUCUCUGAUUUCAACUUCAGUCAGGAUCUUUGACAUAUUUGCACACAUUCCUUGCUAAGGUGAGGCCUGAUUCUAGAGCUUCAUCUUUCCAUAGGCUAUUUGUUUGCUACAGCUGAAAUUUUCGUUUUCAACCAAGAUCAAAUUUUGAGAUAUAGUCAGCUCUGUGUUUAUACCAAAAUGUUACGGCAUUUAAUCUCACAACAGCCUAGAGGGACUGGAAAGUUUAAAUUUACUGCCUAAAUUUGACCUCUCCAAAGCAAACUUGAACACUCUGCUCAUUCCAUGGCCAUUAUGACUCUGGAUUGAUGUUUGUCUCGAAAAUGCCAGAAAAAUUCUGUGAAGCAAAAUUCAGAGGGCUAUUUUUUCCCGAGAUAUGAUCAAAAAGUGCAUCUUGAAGAUCCCAUAAUCUCAAAACUUGAAUUUAAAUCACUCCAUGUAAUUUUACACCUUCUUCAGUACAUGCUGUUUGAACUUUAUACCACUUGACCUCAUAGCUCUUGCAUGUCACUGAAUUAACAAGCACAAACUGAUUCAAUUUAGAAAAACCUGUGUAACAAUUAAGCAAACCUCAAUUCCUCCCAAAUAUCAAAUUUCCACUCUGAAAGGAAAACAUAUUUCAUUCAAUUUGGAAUAGGCAAGAUGGGCAGACUAAGAUCAAGUGUAAUGGGUGAUGCCAGCUCAGAAUAGACUUGCCUUGUUUAGCAUCAUGUUGUAAAACAGCUAUUGAUAAAGAAAUACAGCCUACAGAUGUGGAUGGUCACUGAAAAUAUUGUUGAAAAUUCGCAUUUAACAUUACCUUGAGUAAUCUAGAGAGAUUUUGAGAGAGAGUUGUAGAAUGCCACCAUUUUAAAUUUUGUUUGUAAGACACGAAUUAUUUUUCUUGCGCUAUGCAUUCAGAAUUUGAAAGAAAACAACAUCCAUUCAUUUAAGUUUUAUUUCAUUACUGGCUCUGUUUUUAUGUUGAAAUUUUUGUGGGAAUUUUACAGCCAAUUUUUUUAUGUUUCUUUAGCAAAAAAUGGUAGAAAACAGCUCACUGAUGCCAUUUUCAAAUUAAUGUGUGAGAUGUAAUCCUCUGAUAUGGAAGGAACAUUCUUUCGUCUGAAGCAUUAUUUAAUGAGUGCAUAAUUUCUUUGUAAAUAAAUUAGCAUAUUAGAUUUCAUUGA